AUGAGCGUAUCCAAAGCGGAUUCCCCUUCGGACGAUGGCUCCGCGAAAGGUGUCAUCUCGCCUCCUUAUUCGCGGACGACCACUCUCGUUGCCAGUCCCGGCAGCCCCCUCACCCCGCGGGGAGAUGUCGUCGUCCACCGUCACUACUGGAGAGUAGCCAGUGCAUUUUUUUGCUUCUUUGCUAUUGGAUGGGGUGAUGCUGCUACCGGUGUAAUCCUCCCAGACUUUCAAGCUACCUUCCACUUGAACUUUAUCAUGGCAUCGAUGCUGUUCAUGACCGGAUCCGUUGGCUAUGCACUCGCUACAUUUAUUGUUGAACCCGUAGCGCACGUUCUUGGAAAGUUCAAGUUGUCUGCUGAGCGAUCUGGUGUACCGGCGGUAUUCACUCGAGACGCCACUGGCUAUUCCGUCUCUCAAGGCCGAUACCUCAGUCUCUUCUUCUUUGGCAUCCUGCACUGCAUCUACUUUAUGGUGUCAGCAUGUUCCCCUCACUACUAUGGCGUGCUUAUUGCCUUCUUCAUCGGUGGCAUUGGAAAGAGUAUAUUAAUUGCACAAUUCAAUGUAUACUGGACCACCAAUCCCAGAUGCAACGGCAUAGCUCUCUUGCACGGAACCUACGGUGUAGGCGCAUUUGUAUCACCACUCGUCAGUCAAACUAUGCGAGCCCACAAGUUUCCUUGGCGAGGCUUCUUCUGGGUUUCGCUCGGACUUGCUGUAUGCAACGUUUUCUUCAUCCUUUUCGCGUUCCGCACGACUCCAGAAGAGUUUGCAACCGAAAAAGGCCUUUCCGUGGCUUCGAAAGCACUCUCACAAGAGAAUCAUAAGCAAGACGAUAUCGAAACGGGUUCAGGAAUGUGGGCUAUCAUAUGUACCCCGUAUGUCUGGGUGAUUGCGACGGUGCUGGGAACAUAUCAGGGAGCCGAAACGAUUGCGCAGGGAUUCAUCGUCUCUUUCCUUCUGAGAGAACGCCACGCGGAUCCCAACUCAGUGGGCUAUGUAGCAAGUGGCUUCUGGGGUGGGCUUGCCCUUGGGCGCGUCAUCUGGGGUAUAGUGGGACCCAGGUUCUCCCAAAGAGUCAAGAUUCACUAUGUCAACUACAUGCUAGGUUCGUGGAUCGAUGGAUCCUUAUUCUCCUUGGGCAUGGUAUUCCACGUCAUCAUCUGGAGGGUGAAUAGCGUGAUUGUCGACGCUGUCACUGUGUCUUUAUUGGGACUACUAGCAGGUCCCAUUUUCCCUUUGGUGCUGGACAUUGCGACCUCCAGACAGAAGCCUGGAGAGUCAACCGCCCUUCCAGUAUUCUCCCCGGAUGUACAAUUGACCGCGUUGGCUAUUGGCUCAUCAGUAGGUGCUAUGGGUGGAGCGACAUUCUCUUUGACUGCAGGCAUUGUCGCAAACAAGCAUGGAGCCUUUGCCGUCGAGCCGCUUGCAAUGGCAACGCUCAUGUUCGUCUUCUGCUUCUGGGCCAUUCGCAAAAAGAUAGAAUCCGAGUUGGCGCGAAAGCGAACUAUUUCGACGACCGUCUCAAAGCACAACAAGAAGGGAAAAUCUGCUGCAAAGGGAACUGUCGCAGCCCUCAAACCGAGCCAGGCGUUGACCGUACCAGACAACAUGACCGUCGCAGACGCGAGCCAACUUUGCGCCGCCAAGCGCACCGACUGCGUUCUCGUCGUCGACGAGGAAGAAGGUCUUAGUGGAAUUUUCACGGCGAAGGAUUUGGCGUUCCGCGUAAGCCUCCCGAGCUCCUUUGAAUGCCAGCCGACCGACCGUGUGUUUGAACAGGUUACAGCAAUGGGACUUGAUCCCCGUACUACGCUCGUUAGUACGAUUAUGACACCGAAUCCCAUGGUCACCCGGGACACUACGAGCGCCACAGAAGCUUUGCAACUCAUGGUCCAACGAGGAUUUCGACAUCUUCCAGUCUGCAACGAUGACGGUAAUGUCGUAGGUUUGCUCGACAUCACCAAAGUCUUUCACGAGGCGCUGGAUAAAAUAGAGCGCGGGUCCUCCGCAUCUCAAAAGCUCUACUCUGCCUUGGAGAGCGUUCAGACGGAACUCGAUGGGGUCGCGUCCAACCCUCAGGCUGCAGCAAUGAUGGCAUUUGUGGAGAGUCUUCGUGAUAAGACUGCUUUACCCGAUCUUUCGACGGUCAUGGACUCGCGGACGCAGCCGGCGACCGUGGGCCCGAGGACAACUGUUCGCGAUGCGGCCAGACUCAUGAAGGAGAACCGAACGACUGCUGUCUGUGUUAUGGAAGGUGGUGCAAAUACCGCUGGUCAGCCCACUGGUGCUCCGGCAAAGAUUGCCGGCAUUUUCACUAGCAAGGAUAUCGUCCUCCGUGUCAUUGCGGCCGGGCUAGACCCUGGCAGAUGCAGCGUUGUUCGUGUCAUGACGCCUCAUCCCGAUGUCGCACCACCCAGCAUGACUAUCCAGGACGCACUCAAGAAGAUGUACAAUGGUCACUAUCUCAAUCUACCUGUUGUCGAGUCGGAUGGUCGUCUUGUAGCCAUCAUCGACGUCUUGAAGCUCACGUAUGCGACGCUCGAGCAGAUGAACGCCCUCGCAGACGCUAGUCAACCAGAGCAAGAAGGUGGACCGAUGUGGGGACGCUUCUUCGAAUCCAUUGGACACGACGACAACGACUCUGUCGUUUCUGGAUCCCAUAUCCUUCGCGAGGUGACAUCCCCAGGCUAUAACAUGUCCAUGUCAGAGGUGCAUCCCAACGACAGCGCAUCAAUGGUCGACGAUGAAUCAGAAAUGCCUGGAGCCCAUGCUGCCAUGUCCUCUGUAUCAAAGGACAACGUUGCACCUCCACCAGUGGAUGACGGAACCUACGUCUUCAAGUUUAGCACGCCAUCUGGUCGUACACACCGCUUCCAAUCUCGGAAGGAUGACUACGAGCACUUGCGCGAGAUUGUCGCUGGAAAGCUAGCCACGGAUCCAUUCUUCACCGAAUACGCACCUCCUGAGGGUGGAGUACCGCGCGAUCCACUCGACUUUCAGAUCAUGUACAAGGACAGCGAUGGAGAUGUGGUCGUAAUGACGAGUGACACAGACGUCUCUGACUCUGUCGCCGUCGCUCGCAAAGGAGGCUCGGAUAGGGUAGUUCUUACGCUUCAGGGUGGCAAGGGAUGGUCUCUCGACGACCCGAGUGCAGCGGCGGCAGCGGAAGAGGCUGCGCGGAAACUCAAAGAUGAUGCUGAACGCGCCGAAGCUGCGGCUGCAGAGCCAAAGGCCAAGAGCGUACACUUUGAUGCUGGAGAUGACAUCUUUGGUAUUCCGCGGGACCUGGUGCUCCCAGCGAGUCUCGGUGCUCUUGCUGUGGUCAUUAUUGCCGUGUUCACAAUUCACCGUCUGAGUGAUUAG